AGGGGCGUUGAUUGGGAGCGGGAACCGGAGCUAGCGCGUGUGCGGCGCCCCCCCUUCUGCCCAAAUUGAUCUUUUCAUUGCGCUCAAGUAACCAACAUGUCAGGGUGGGAGUCUUAUUACAAAAAUCAGGGUGAUGAGGAAGAAGAAGAUCAAGAGGAGGGCCUUGAAGCAGGUGGAGAUUAUAAAUAUUCAGGAAGAGAUAGUUUGAUUUUUUUGAUUGAUGCUUCCGAGGCCAUGUUUGAAACUCAGGAUGAAGAUGAGUUGACUCCUUUUGACAUGAGCAUCCAGUGUAUCCGGAGUGUAUACACCAGUAAGAUCAUAAGCAGUGAUCGAGAUCUCUUGGCAGUGGUGUUCUAUGGUACCAAGAAGGACAAAAAUUCAGUGAAUUUCAAAAAUAUUUACGUCUUGCAGGAAUUGGAUAAUCCAGGUGCUAAACGAGUGCUAGAGCUUGACCACUUUAAGGGACAGGAGGGGAAGAAACAUUUCCAAGACCUAAUUGGCCAUGGAUCUGACUACUCCCUAAGUGAAGUACUGUGGGUCUGUGCCAACCUCUUUAGCGAUGUCCAGUUCAAGAUGAGCCAUAAGAGGAUCAUGCUUUUCACCAAUGAAGAUGACCCCCACGGCAAUGACAGUGCCAAAGCCAGCAGGGCCAGGACCAAAGCUGGGGAUCUCCGUGACACAGGUAUCUUCCUUGACUUGUUGCACCUAAAGAAACGUGGGGGCUUUGACAUAUCCUUGUUCUACAGAGAUAUUAUCAGCAUAGCAGAGGAUGAGGACAUAGGGGUUCACUUUGAGGAGUCGAGCAAGCUCAAAGACCUGUUGAGGAAGGUUCGCGCCAAGGAGACCAGAAGGCGCGUGCUCUACAGGUUGAAGCUUAAGCUCAACAAAGAUGUUGCGCUCACUGUUGGCAUUUAUAAUAUGGUCCAGAAGGCUCUCAAACCUUCUCCAGUGAGGCUUUAUCGGGAAACAAAUGAACCAGUGAAAACCAAGACCCGGACAUUUAAUGUAAAUACAGGCAGUUUGCUUUUGCCUAGCGACACCAAGAGGUCCCAGACCUAUGGGAGUCGUCAGAUUGUAUUAGAGAAAGAGGAAACAGAAGAGCUUAAACGGUUUGAUGAACCAGGUUUGAUUCUCAUCGGUUUCAAGCCCUUGAUAAUGCUGAAGAAGCACCAUUACCUGAGGCCCUCCCUGUUUGUGUACCCCGAGGAGUCCCUGAUAAAUGGGAGCUCAACCCUAUUCAGUGCUCUACUCACCAAGUGUCUGGAGAAGGAGGUCAUGGCAGUGUGCAGAUACACACCCCGCCAGAAUAUCCCCCCUUGUUUUGUGGCCUUGAUGCCACAGGAAGAGGAGCUGGAUGACCAGAAAAUUCAGGUGACUCCCCCAGGCUUCCAGCUCAUCUUCUUGCCCUAUGCUGAUGACAAACGGAAGGUGCCCUUUACUGAAAAAGUCAUGGCAAACCCAGAGCAGGUAGACAAGAUGAAGGCUAUUGUUCAGAAGCUCCACUUCAAGUACAGAAGUGACAGCUUUGAGAACCCAGUGCUGCAGCAGUACUUCAGGAACAUGGAGGCCCUGGCUUUGGAUUUGAUGGAGCCUGAACAAGCCGUGGACCUGACACUGCCCAAGGUUGAAGUAAUGGACAAAAGACUGGGCUCCCUGGUGGAUGAGUUUAAGGAACUUGUCUACCCACCAGGUUACAAUCCUGAGGAAAAAGUUUCCAAGCGAAAACAAGGUUAUGAAAAUUCUGGAAGCAAAAGGCCCAAGGUGGAGUUAUCUGAAGAGGAGCUGAAGGCCCACGUCAGCAAGGGCACACUGGGUAAGCUCACUGUGCCCACACUGAAGGAAGCCUGCAGGGUGUACGGGCUGAAGAGCGGGACGAAGAAGCAGGAGCUGCUGGAUGCGCUCACCAAGCGCUUCCAGAAGGCCUGACCAGAAACCAUAGAGCCAGUUACCCUUCCACAUUGCAGCCAGGCUGGCUGGUUUUGUUUUUAUCAAGUUAAAACAUGUUUCUCCUGAGCCAGGAAGAGUCUGCCUGACAGAAACCAAGGACUUUGUUUAUGAGACUUUCUGUUGUCGUGGAGACAGUGUUGCCAUCUCACUUUGCUGUGCCUUACUCUACUGUCUGAAUAAAGAACCUUAACUUUGUA